CUCUGUACGGCCUGAAGCUGGACUAGGAAGUACAGUACUAUGGGACGUGGCUACGGAUCUUGACCCAAAAUGGCCGCUGUGUGUUUUAAUCCUUGCAGUCGCCUCAAAGGAAACAACUCAUUGAUGGGCCUCUGUAUCACUGACAGAACACACUAAGGAUCAGCCUCAUCACACUAAGGAUUGAUUCUCUCAAGGUUAUCCUCCUUAGUAGGAAUACAGAUGUUUCUUCUCCAAUAUCUGCAGCUCAGACUUGGAAUUAAAUGGUCUCCCAUACUUCAGUGAUUUCAAUAUCAGAUCUUUAUCACAGUCUAAAGGAUAUUGCGUCACCUUCCUGACUAGAGCAGGUGGUAUAUACAUUGAAUAGCCUAUAUUCAUCAUUGAACUGAAAACACCUCUUAUGCUAUUCCGAAUCUAAAGGAUUUCUCCCUCUAACCUCUAACCUCAACUGGCAUACCCCUAUAGCUCUACAUAGUGUUUUUCUACAAUGAAUCCCUUUAGUCUCCCUCAGUGUGUCCUUCUGCUUCUCAGUACUCUACUGGGCCUGUGUCAGGGCCUGGAGUUCAGGGGUUCUGAGGGCCAGUGGGCACGGUACCUCCGCUGGGACGCCAGUACCAGAAGUGACCUCACCUUCCAGUUCCAAACAGACACGUCCGACGCCCUGAUCCUCUACUUCGACGACGGCGGCUACUGUGACUUCCUGCUUCUCACCAUAACGGAAGGGAAGCUACAGCUUCGCUUCAGCAUUGAUUGCGCUGAGACCACAGUCACCGCUGACAAAUCGGUCAACGACAGCUGCUGGCACUUUGCGAUGGUCAGCCGACACAACCUCAGAACGGUCUUGGCCCUGGACGGGCAGACCAAGGCGGAGGAUGUUCGACCAGAGCGCCAGUUCAUGAUUGUCGUCAGUGACCUGUUCCUCGGAGGUGUACCCGGAGACAUCAGGACCUCGGCCAUCACCCUGCCGACGGUUAGAGAGCUGCCUCCGUUCAAAGGAGUUAUCAAAGAUCUGAAUUACGGGAACAAGGUUCCCAAGCUGAUCAACAGUCAGAAGGUACGUCUGGAGGAGAUGGGUCUCUGUACAGAGAACCCAUGUGAGAAUGGAGGCUCCUGCUCCGUGGCUGAUGGAGAACCCUACUGCGACUGCUCCAAAACGGGAUAUACAGGAAGGACCUGCAGCCAAGCCGUUCAGAGGAAACCAGGCUUCUCACAUCUGAAGGCAUCUGAGUCAGGACUCUACACUACCUCCUGUAACAUGACUCUUCCCUACCUCCUGUAA